CAACUGUCCACACUCAAUAGAUCUGCAAAUGCGAAAAGGAGUCGUAAAAGACAUGGACAAAAUUAAUGACAAGUGAAAAAUGAUAAAAAAGAGUUUAAUUUGGGAGUCCAAGAAAACACCAAUGUCAAUUUCCACACCCACAAAACCAGAUGAAUUUUGUUAGCCAGAAACAAAAUACCCACAUUUCCAAAAUACUAUCUUUUCGCAUAAAGUGAGGAUUCAAUUCAUGUGUGUGUAUAUAUAUAUAUAUGUAGGAGGAGUAGAGUGUUAGCUGCUGCUUUGUCUUCUUGUAUCGAGGAGAUGGAGAGGCUCACCACCUUCUUCCUUGUGGUUUCUGCUGCAUUUUCACUCGUUGCAGCUGCCUUUACAAAUGAAUCUCUUCAUUAUUUGGAAUCUGUGUAUGGAAUAGCUAAUGCUGCUGCCCCUCCCAAUGCUCUUAUGGUGGGCCUUACUCUCAUCCAUGGAGCUGCUGCUAAAGGAGCUGUGUGUCUAGAUGGAACAUUGCCUGGUUACCACUAUCAUCGUGGAUUUGGGUCCGGAGCAAAUAGUUGGAUUAUUAAUUUAGAGGGUGGAGGGUGGUGCAACAAUGUUAGGACGUGCGUUUAUCGCAAGAAGACACGUCGAGGGUCAUCAAAUUAUUUUGAAAGGCAAAUUGCAUUUACUGGGAUACUUAGUGACAAGGCUUGGGAAAAUCCAGAUUUUUAUAACUGGAAUAGAGUAAAGGUACGAUACUGUGAUGGAGCCUCGUUUUCAGGGGAUGGCGAAAAUAGGGCUGCAGGAUUGCAUUUUAGAGGGGAACGCAUCUAUCACGCUGCAAUGGAUGAACUGAUGUCCAAAGGAAUGCGCAAUGCUAACCAAGUACUUCUGGCCGGUUGCUCUGCUGGUGGUCUAGCUGUUAUUUUGCACUGCGACAGAUUUAGAGGUUUAUUUCCCUCACGUACAAAAGUGAAGUGCCUGAGUGACGGUGGAUUGUUUAUGGAUGUUCCAGAUGUUUCCGGUGGACAUACUUUGAGGAAUUUCUUCGAUGGUGUUGUUAACUUACAGGGUUCUAGAAGGAACCUACCGGGCACUUGUACCAACCACCGCAAUCCAUCGUCAUGUUUCUUUCCUCAGAAUGUUAUAAACAACAUAAGAACCCCUCUCUUCAUUCUAAAUGCUGCCUAUGAUGCAUGGCAGGUCCAAGAAAGCUUGGCUCCUCCAUCAGCUGAUCCCCAUGGCAACUGGCAUCUUUGUAGAAACAAUAUCGGUCAAUGUUCAGCUUCACAGAUCCAAUUCUUGCAAGGUUUUAGGAAUCACAUACUGAACCAAAUAAGAGGCUUUGCAGCAUCAAGACAAAGUGGGAUAUUCUUAAAUUCUUGUUUCACUCACUGUCAAUCCGAGAGGCAGGAUACGUGGUAUUCUAAUUAUUCUCCUAAACUCGGAAACAAGGCUAUUGGGAAAUCUGUUGGGGAUUGGUACUUUGAUCGAGCAAAUGUGAAGUCGAUCGACUGUCCCUAUCCAUGUGAUAGAACUUGUCAAAACCUCCAAUUCCAUUGAACAAUAAUGUGAUUUUUCUCCUACAUUUUUUGUGUCACAUAAGAUAUAUAUAGUGAUCUCAAGUCCCAUUUAUAUUUAGAAAAUACUCAUUCAAAGGCAAUAAGAUGAUGCCUGAGUAGAAAGGAAAAAAGAAAUGGUCUACCAAUUAUAGUGAUCUCAAGUCCCAGAUGUAUGUGUAACUCCCAGAAACAAAAGGAUAUCAAGAUUUCUCAUCUUGAAAUUUUGUUUUA